AUGUCGUUCACCAUCAAGGCGACUGAUCAAAACGGGCUGAGAAGCACGAUAUUUCACGGAUGUCGGCUGAUUGGACUGUUUUCGCCUCUUCUUCUCCUGGUCAGCUUCGAGAUGCCUUUGGCCUCGCCAGCGACGCUGCCAUUGCCUGGUGGCACAUCUACAUGAGUGUCGACAGUAGUAUUCCCGGUGCCAAGUUCCUGAGGCAUGUGUGCUCUGAAGAGGAAUACGAACAGGCUGCAAAGGCGUACCGACAAGCCGAUGUCAAGUUCACGAACCCGACCUUGACCCUCCAAGUCCUCCUCCAAACUGAUCCCAAAUUGACCUCUGCGAAAAAGUUCCACGCGUACGUCAACUCGCAGCCGGACAUGAAGCAACUCGAAUCCGAGAAGAAAUCUAUGGAGGUUGCCAUCCUCGCCCUUCAGAAACAACUCGCCAGUCUUCUCGUUCAGGAGAACGAAAUCGACGAGGAAGACUAUCAAGGUCGAUUGCAGAUCUUGCAGAAGCGUGCCGAAAAGAUGAGCGAGGUGGCGACUUUGAAGCAAAACAUGAAAGCUGUCGUCGUGAAGAUCAAUACCUUGAUCGCCAUACACCGCCCCAACAUGCCCGUCGUCGAAAGGGAGCUCAAGAGGAACCAAGAAGCCCAGCAAGAGACGACCAAGAUGAUCGAGACGUGGAAGGUACGACAGUCGAUGCACGAGAAGAUAAAGAAGGAGAGGCAGAGGAUCCUGGAGCAGGCCAUGUCUUCCGCUGCUCCGCCCGAAGAUGAGACCCAGUCAGCGUCUGGGACCAAGGAGCUUCGACCUAUCUCGACUCCAAGCCCUGAAGCUCUUCUCGCAGCUGUUCGUGCUGCUCGCAAAAAUAGCACCUCCAGGCAACACGCUCCGCGGCGAGUCUCUCCUUUUAUGGCUCCCCAUAUGCCCGGCGGACUGCCUCCUCUGAGCCCGACAGUCGACGACGCGAACGCCAGGGCUGAACCAGCGCGCUCUGCUCAUCCGCCCCGCUCCUUGUGGGAAGAACAUCCUGUCUAUGGUCAGAUUCCUUCGGCCUACGCUGCUUUCCCGGACAUCAACGACAUUCCUUCAUCUUCUCCCGGUCAACCUUUAGGAGCACCCCUGCGGACUUUGAGCGAACUCUUGCGCGACGUCGGACCGCUGUCCCAAGCAAUCUCAACCCAGGCUCAGGCGACUGCUCAAGCCGCUCACGCUCAAGUCCAGAGGCAGGUCACAGAGACUACCGGCGCCGUAGCGAACGAUCUCAAGCACGUCUUUGAGGGGUUCUUGAGCAACCUGGGUGGCCAGUUGGCUACCUUUGAAGAAGGAUUCAAGGAGAGGCUCGAGACCGCCGUGCCCAAAUCGAAACCUACCGAAGCCUCCACUCAAGAUGAACCUGCCCAGACUUCUGAGACGAAGCCUGAAGUGGACGUCAAGGUCCCUGCGCACAAGAAAGCAGGUACCAGUCUUGCCUCGUUCACGUUCAACACUAGACUCUGUGACGGCUGUGACCAGAAUCCGACGCUUAUCAACUUCAAGUGUACUGACUGCCACGACUUUGACCUCUGCAUCGACUGCUUGCCGUAUCAUAUUCGCAACGAGGAGCUUCACGAUCAAGAUCAUGUCUUCAAGAUGAUGAUCCACCCCAACAUCGCUGGCUACAUUGAGACCAGUCACGGUCAAGAUUGUUCCGCCAAGCACCGAGCUGUCGACAACAGGAACAAGACCAAGAAGGAGAAAAGGCUCGAAAGGCAUUACGCCUGGUGCAAUGCCUGCGAUGAUCGCAAGGACAUUCGUGGAACUCGCUACAAGUGUCUCGAAUGCCCCGAUUGGGAUUGCUGUUCGAGAUGCUUUGCUGAUAUCGAUCAGGUCCAUCCGGAUCACCAUAUGGUGGCGAUUCGUCAGGCGGAUGAUUAUAUUCGAGGCAAAGACGAAUACAAGGAAUACCAUCCGAACGUCCGAUGUGACCACUGCGAUCAGCGCGUUCUGGGCGUCCGCUACAAGUGCGCUCAUCCCGAUUGCCCGGACUUUGACUUGUGCGAGAAUUGCGAAGCCGACCCGGCUAAUGACCAUCCCGAAAGCCACCCGUUGAUCAAGUUCAAGGUUCCCGCUGCCAUGGAUUUCGAGUGGUCCUUCAGUAACAAUGACGUCAAGGAAGUCCAGGAACGAGACGUGCAGACCGAGCCUGAAGAAGAAGAUGUCAAGCCCAAGCUUCCUACCCCUUCGGUCGCCGAUGUUGCUGCCGAUGAAGAGACCGAAGACCUCAGCCGCGAGGCCGAUCGUUUCGAAAAGGCGAUGCGCACCGACUGUCGCUUUGUCGAUCACUUGACUAUUCCCAACUACUUUUGCAUGCUUCCCAAUGCGAACUUUACCAAGAUCUGGACCAUGCUCAACGAUGGGGACGUCGACUUCGAGGGCGACUACACCAUCCGUUUGAUCGCUGGUCACUCUUUCGGCUCUAUCAGCGAGAGCGUCAAGCUUGACAAGGUUGCCCCCGGCGAGUCGUUCACCGUCCAACUGCCCCACAGGACCGUACCUGUGGCCGAACAGUCGUUCAGCGGGACGUUCAGAUUGCAUGACGAGCAAGGCAGGGCGUUCGGAGAUGAGCUUGACAUUCGCAUCCAAGUCGCCAAGCCCGAGAUGUCGGAGCUCGGCUCGUCUUCCCUCUUGAUGCCUCGUUCGGACCCGGAGACUAGGGAAGCCUCGCCUACCCCUGCCAUCGAAGAGGCUGCGGUUCAGCCUUCGCCUUCGAUCGCCCCUGUCCCUUCCAGCAGCGGAUGGGGCGACCGAACCCCCGAGUUCUCCGACGACGACUGUGAGAUCAUUUCGCACAUCGGCGGAGGCUCUGACGGCUUCGAGAUCGUCGACGACAGCGACAGCGAGUUUUAGGUGGACUCCACUCGUGUCGCAAGAUUUCUGUUCUCUUUUACGAUAUGUCUUUUUGGCAACACUAUGCGCAGCACACGCCAGCGCCUCUACGUCAAUGAUCUGUUUCCCCUUACGAACUGUAUACUAUACUACGCCCGGUUGUAACGCUCGGUGAGAGCUUCAACGUAUAUAUCAUACCCAUCUCCAUCCCCUUGA